AUGGCUGCUAUUGGGCUUUACUACAACACGGAGAAGACGACGUACCGGCUCAUUGGCUACUAUGCGUCGGACGACGGCUCGCAGAAGGUCGUCCUCAACAGCUACGUCACCCAUGACAUGGCUCUCAAGAAGGCAAGCCCCAAGUUUGUUCAGUGGUCGUCGUCGGCGAAUCGCAAGCUCUGUGGCCUGACCUUUGGCUCGCCCGAGGAGGCUGACGCCUUUAUCGCCCAGAUCCAAAAGGCCAUUGCCCACCUCAAGCAGGUGGCCGCCGCCGCGGGCAUUGCCUCGCCGACGGCUGCGGCCUCGUCGCCGACUCCGGUGGCUGCUGCUUCGCCAACUGCGGGUGCGGCGGGUACUGCAGCGGCAGGCACUCCGCCGACCGCCACCCAGGUGGCUGCCCAAGAGGAGGCUGCCCGCCAAGCGGCGGCCGAGCAGGAAAAGGCCAACGCGCUGCGGGCCAAGGAGGCGAAGCGCUCGGCGCUGCGCGAGUCGAUCGCAGCGGCGCAGGCGCAAGCCAAGGCACAGGCCGAGGCGCAGGCGGCGGCGCAGGCGCAGGCCAAGGCCGAGGCCGAGGCGCAGGUGGCGGCGGCGCAGCAGGCGCAUGCCCUUGCGCUGGCCCACGGCGGCAAGCCCGGCAAGCCGGCCAAGCCCGGCAAGCCCGGCAAGCCGACGCCUGGCGGCAAGCCCGGCGCGGCGCCUGUCGCCGCCGCCGCCGCCGUCCUCAAGAAGGGCCCGACGCUGUCGCGGACCGAGUGGCAAAAGUGCGAGGUGCCCAAGCGCGGCGUGGCGCUGUGCGACUUUACACCGGCCGGCAACCACGAGGUGGCCCUCGUCGUCGGUCAGGCCGUCCUGGUUGUCGAGGAGAUCUUUGCCUGGCAGCGCGGAGUGGUCCUCGCCACCGGCGCCAUCGGCAUCUGGCCGUCGAACCGGGUCCACAUCCACGAGACACGGCCGGACGACCAGCCGAUUCUGGACGAGCUCGUGGCGCAGAUGGAGGAGAUCAAGGAGCUCGCCGUCGACCACUACAAAGCCGGUCAGAUGCCGCUGUUCAACAACCUGUGCGCCCAGUUCCACACUCUCCGCGAGGCCCGCUCGCGCAUCCUCGCCUUCUCCGCCCGCGGCUCCAUCGACAAGGUGACCAAGGCCAAGCGCGCCGCGGUGGCGACCGUCAACGAGUCGCGGACCUCGCUCAACAUGAACACGCUCGCGUUGACGAACAACGGCAUCAUGGCCGACGACACCAACACCGGCCUCGUCAAGCUCUACUGGUCGUACGCCGGGCUCACGCCCGAGGCCUCGGUCGAGUUGGCCAAGGUCUCGGCCGAGGCGCAGACGACCCGCGCCGCCGGCGGCGACGACGACGAGGAGGAUGCGUCAGGCCUUGUCCAGCUGCUCGUCGGCUGGAAGUCGUUUGUCUGUCCGCUCGGCAACAACUCGGCCGGUGAGGAGGCCCACCUUCACUUUUCCGUCAUCGCCAAGGGCCCCGACGAGAGCUCGCCGUACGAGACCAUCACCGACGAGUUCCAGCUCCGGCUCACCCACCAGGGCAUGCCGUUCAACGUUGACGACAUUGGCAACAUCCGCUUUGCGUUUUCCGACCUCAACGAGGAGGACCUCGCCCGCGAGCUCUACCUCGUUUGCCGCGUCGUCCGUAAGGGCAAGAUGCAGGCCGACGACUCGAAGCAGCGGACGACCAAGCAGUUCCGCCGCCUCUUUGGCAUUGCCAUGCUCCCGCUCGACUUUAAGUCGCUCGCUACCAAGCGCUCCGCCGAGGAGCACAUGUUCUCCAUCUACCAGACGCCGGCCAAGCCGAACAUGGACCCGGACCUCCUCACCCACAUGCUGUUUGGCACCGGCAUUGCCCAGGUUGUCCCUCAGUCGGUCGGCGUCGCCGUCGAGCUGCAGAUCCUCAACGGCGCCUACACGCCCGAGAGCUACGCCGCCAAGGGCUACGCCAACGUCUCGCUCAUCUCCAAGCUCUCCUUCCCCGACGUCAUCCUCCCCGGCGAGUCGCGCAACGACCUGUACGUCACCCUCCACGGGGCCGAGCUCUCCAAAGACCUCCGCAACUGCAUGGUCGUCGUCAACGUCGUCAAUCCCGACGGCCGCAACGUCGACGGCUGCCUCACCAUCAACGGCAAGCCCGAGUCGCUCUCCACCUUUGAGAGCUGCGUCUGCUACCACGAGACCAAGCCGCGGUGGGCCGAGAAGUUCUGCCUCAACAUCGAGCCCUCGCUCGCCAAGGUCGCCCACCUGCGCUUCUCGCUCGUCCAGUGCACCACCUCGGACAACACCGACAAAGAAGUCGGCUUUGCCUUCCUCCCGCUCACUACCGCCGACGGCGCCUUUGUCGCCAACGAGGUCUUCUCGCUUAACGUCUACAAGCCGCCCAAGGACGCCGGCAAGCUCUCGCCCACCUACUACCUCACCGAGACCGACCCCAAGAAGCUCGUGCCGCGCAAGCAGGAGACCAUUACCGUCUCCAUCCAGCUCACCUCGACGCUCCUCACCCAGAACACCUCGCUCAACUCGCUCCUCAUGUGGCACACCAUCUCGCACGACGAGCGCAAGCUCUCGGAAAUUCUCGACCGCUUCCUCUACCUCUCCAAGGGCGAGAUUGUGCUCUUCUUCCAGGACAUCUACGACGUGCUCUUUGAGCUCCUCGAGAAGAAGCCUGGCGUGAGUAAGGCUGUCUACGACGCCCUCGUCUUUAUCAUCGGCAUCAUGACCGAGGACCGUGCCGCCGGCGCAGAGUUCCGCAAGGUCAUCGACGUCUACAUCGAGCAGCACUACCGCGGUGUCAUGGCCCACCAGUAUCUCAUCGCCUCGCUCAAGCAGUACGUCGACUCGCCCAAGCAGUUCCGCAAGCAGGUCCAGGCCUCCAUCAAGGCUGUCGAGUACAUCUUCCGCCUCAUCAUCCGCUCGCGCCUCCUCUACAACGACGCGUACCAGACCACCUCGCGCGAGCCGCAGUUUGUCAACUCGAUGUCCGAGCUCCUCUCCUCCUUCAACGCCCUCAUGGAGAUGGACGACCGCGUCCUGCUUGGCAUCCAGACCCUCGCCCUCCGCAAGUUCUCCACCCUCUUUAUCGAGCUCACCCGCAUGUUCGAGUACGGCGAGGUCGCCGCCUUUGUCGCCCAGUUCCUCGGUGCCGUCAAGACUGACAACGCCUCGAAGCUCUACACCGAGAAGAUCAAGUUUAUCCGCUCGCUCGCCCGCUCCGAGCUUGUCGUCCAUCCGGGCUCGCGUGAGACCAUCCUCCCGCUCAUCACCACCGAAAUGCUCGCCCUCCUCGAGCCGGUCGCCGGCGAGGAGCGCAAGUACGACGACGAGUCCUUUGACCCGCGCGUCGCCGCCAUCGGCGCCAUCGGCUCCAUCUGCGACCAGGUCGGCACCCUCGAUGACGAGCAGCGCCGCGUCCUCAUGUCUGAGCUCAUGAUCUUCUUCCGCCCUCUCACCGACGCCCUCUCCUCGCUCCUCCAGGAGGACAGCAUCGGCUUUACCUCGUCGCAGCUCGUCACCUCGGGCAUGGCCCUGUACAAGCUGCUCAAGGUCGAGAACUUGCUCGAGUACUACGCCUCGCUCGGCUCGGUCACCGCCAAGCUCCACCUGCUGCAGACCAUCGUGACCUUUGUCACCCAGUUUGCCGAGAAGCAGGUGUACCCGGCCCAGUGGCUCACCUUUAACGUCAUCAAGGCCGACAUUUGCCUCGCCAUCGCCGGCCUCAUCAUGGACCUUGUCGUCGCCGACGCCACGCCCGACUCGGGCCUCCUCCCCGCCUACUUUUCGCUCCUCGCCCGCGUCGUCACCUCGCCGGCCAUCCAGGUCGAGCACCUCGGCGCCGCCACCCGCAAGCGCGUCCUCUGCCGCUGGGGUGACCUCCGUGCCCGCGGCGCCUCGAUGCUUGUCGAGCUGUGGACCAAGCUCGGCGACGCCCGCGUCGGCGCCCUCAUUCCGAGCAUCAUCGGCGACCUGCUCGCCGUCAUGAUGCUCUCGUGCGAGGCCGCCACGGCCUCGGCCGUCGACAUCCUCUGCUGGGUCUUCAAGUGGGAGUACGCGUCGGCAAAGUCGCUCCUCCGCGUUGAGGUCGAGAUCUUUGACCGCUACGACGCCGAGCGCGCCGACGAAGAGUUUGGCUCGCGCUUCCUCGGCGCCCUCGAUGCCUACAUCGCCUCGCUCACCGACGAGGGCUUCAAGACCAAGAUGGAGGAGACCAAGUCGAACCUCGGCCGCCUCGUCGCCCUCACCCUCGAGCUCCAGCAGCUGCCCGACGACCCGCUCUUUGACCAGGACCGCAUCGCCGCCAUUCUCGAGCUCACCUCGUACCUGCUCUCCAUCGGCCGCCUCGAGGCCUACGUCCGCCAGGUCCUCCACCUCGUCGAGCUGCACGAGGCCGGCGGCACCUUUGCCGAGGCCGGCUACGCCCUCCUUAUGUACGCCGACAAGCUGGAGUGGUCGCCCGAGAUCGUGCCCUACCUCUCGCCCGCCUUCCCGGAGCAGACCAUGUACGAGCGCAAGCGCGCCGUCCUCCAAAAGGCCGCCGUCAACCUCGACAAGGGCAAGGUCUACGAGGAGGCCGUCCGCGUCUACUCGACCCUCGCCGCAGAGCUCGAGGGCGCCAUGGCCUACGCCGAGGCUGCCGCCGCUCUGCAGGCCAAGGCCGCCAUCCUCUCCAAGGUGGCCACCGAGGAGCGCUUCGAGACCGCCUACUACCGCAUCGGCUACUUUGGCCGCAGCUUUGCGCCCUCGAUCCGCAACAAGGAGUUCAUCCUCCGCGGCAAGCCGCUCGAGCAGAUCCGCAACCUUCCUCCCAACAAGGCCGAGCGCUCCGAGUACUUUGAGCAGGACGGCCUGUUCAUCCAGAUCGCAAAGGUCGACCCGGUCGUCGACCCGGCCACCGUCCCCGCCGCGCCCUAUCCGGGCAUCGAGAUGCCCAAGGCCCAGGCCGAGUACUUUAAGCAGGCCUACGUCCGCACCUUCCGCUCCUCGCGCCCGUGGAAGAAGCCCGGUGUGGUCAAGGACAAGAGCAACGAGUUUGCCACCCUGUGGCAGAUUCGCACCACCGUCUCCAUCGAUGGCUCGUUCCCAGGCGUCCUCACCCGCGCCGUCGUCGUCGACCGCAACGACGAGGAGGUCUCGCCGCUCGACGGCGCCGUCGAGUCGCUUGUCGACAAGAAUGCGGAAGUCGCCGCCAUGAUCGACACCUAUGCCGCCGCAGGCGCUUCACUCAACCUCUCGCCGCUCACCAUGGCCCUCAACGGCAUCAUCCUCGCCUUUGUCAACGGCGGCACCUCGAUGUUCUCGGACUACUUUAUCACCAAGAACUACAUCGCCGAGAACCCGCAGGACAAGGACAAGGUCGAGCAGCUCCGCGACCAGAUCCGCCUCCAGUCCGACAUUGUCGGCCGCGGCCUCGGCGUCCACGAGAAGCUCGUCUCGGCCGAGAUGCGUGCCCUGCACGACACCCUCGUCACCUCGUUCCACGAGAACCGCGAAGGCCUUGAGGCUCAGCUCGCCUACACCUAA